UCCCUACAAACGGGAAACAAGAUGGCGGCGGCAGGUCCGAGUACGCGGGCCUCUUCCGCGGCGGCGGCGGCGGCUCUGAGUCGGCGGGGUCGGCGGGGCCGCUGUGACGAGAUGGCGGCAGCCAAGACUGGGACCCCGGGCCCGGCCUCUGGCCCCGCGCUGCUGGUGUUGCCGCCGCCGUUGCUGCAGCCGCCGCCACCGCCGCGGCCGGAGGAGUCGGACUGCGCCGGGUGCCUGGAGACCCCGGGGGAAGCGGCGGCCCUGCCGUGCGGCCACUCGCUGUGUCGAGGCUGCGCCCAACGCGCCGCCGACGCGGCGGGCCCGGGUUGCCCGCGAUGCCGCGCCCGCGGCCCGGGCUGGGCCCGCCGUCGGGCCCGCGACGACUGGCAGGCCGACGCGGAGGUGCUGGGCGAGCGCGCCCGCCGCGGCCCACCCGAGCGCUGCCGCCCGCGUCGGGACGGGGGCGCGGCCGCUGCGGGGCCCAGGCCGGAGCAGGAGCCGCGCACCGCGCCCGCGGAGCCAGAGUUUAUAUUCAGAGCACCAAUCAAAUUAAGCAAGCCUGGGGAACUUCGUGAGGAAUAUGAAAGCCUGAGAAAGCUGAGAGAGGAAAAGUUACAAGAGGAGAAAACCUCUGAAGAUCAAAUCCACAAGCUGUUACCAGAGGAUACAGAAAUAGGAAAAAAGAAAAUGGAUGAACAGAAAAAAAAGGAUGAGCCAUUAGUACUGAAGACAAAUCUAGAGCAUUGUCCUGCACGUCUCUCAGAUUCAGAGAAUGAAGAACCUUCCCGAGGCAAGAUGAUACAGACACACCGCUCGGCAUUUGUUUCCAAGAACAACUCCUACUCCUUAGCUUUCCUGGCAGGGAACCUAAAUUCCAAGAUGGAAAGGAGUCAGAGCUGCAGUGACACUGGUCAGGACAGAGCAAAGAACAGACUCAGAGCAGCCCCAACCAGCAAAGCCAAGGUCACAACCAUGACCCCAGCCUCCAACCCCAUCAUUGGCGUCCUCUUGUCUACCCAAAACAACCGCUGCCUCUCGGCCCCUGACUUAACUAUUGAAAAGCGUCUGCCCUUCAGCUCCCUCUCAUCCUUGGCUUCCCUGCAUAAGCCAGAGCGCUCCAUCAGCCCUGAGAGCAAUGAUAGCAUCUCCGAAGAACUAAACCAUUUCAAGCCCAUUGUCUGCUCACCAUGUACUCCUCCCAAAAGACUCCCUGAUGGCCGUGUGCUGAGUCCCCUCAUCAUCAAAUCAACACCCCGCAACCUAAACAGAAGCCUGCAGAAGCAGACUUCUUAUGAGGCCAGUCCACGGAUCCUCAAAAAGUGGGAACAGAUCUUUCAGGAGCGGCAGAUCAAAAAGACCCUUUCGAAAGCCACCCUCACCUCCCUGGCUCCAGAAACAGGGGAAGACUUACUAGUCUCUGAAGUUACCCAUUCUAGCAAGGAGAAGUCUCUUCUGGCUUUAAAUACAAGAUUGUCCAGUGGGCAAGUAAUCUCUGAGUAUACAGGACCUGCCCCCACUGACCUUGAUUGUUUCCCCUCUGUUAGCCAGACAAAAGCAGAACAGGGCAGUGACAGUAAAAGGAGCACUGAGAUCCCGUUGGAAACCUGCUGUUCUUCAGAACUCAAAGUGGGAGCCAGUGGGACUUCUUUGGAGAAAGAGCAGUUUGAAGGGUUAGGGUCAUCCCCAGAUGCCAAGUUAGAUAAAACCUGUAUAACAACAGCUGUGAAAACCUCAGCAGUUAAUUCAGCGCUACCUAAAAACAGUGUUUUGGGUGGGGUCCUCAAAACAAAGAAACAGCUGAAGACAGUGAAUCAUUUUGAUCUGCAUAAUGGUGUUCUGGCAGACAACCUAGGUGAGGAGCCACUUCCUUCCUUGCGUCGGGGCAGGAAAAGACGCUGUAAGACCAAGCACUUGGAACAAAAUGGCUCACUUAAGAAACUGCGACAAAGCAGUGGUGAGGUGGGUCUGGUCCCAACAGACCCAGUACUGCGAGAGAUGGAGCAGAAAUUGCAGCAAGAGGAAGAGGACCGGCAGCUGGCCCUGCAGUUGCAGCGCAUGUUUGACAAUGAGAGACGGACUGUGAGUCGGCGAAAAGGAAGCGUGGAUCAGUAUCUCUUGCGGUCCAGUAGCAUGGCUGGGGCCAAGUAACACCUGAUGAACAGUGUUACCUAUCUUUCAGAGGUCUUUGGGCUUGAUCAUUUACCCUGAAGAAAUGAGUGUUCUCACUUUGGGUUUCUUUUAAUGGCAAAACACUGUCUAAUACGACUGAGAGGUUUUGGGGCCUUUGUAGUAUAUAUCCAAGGGAACUGCAUCUCUGCCUCCCUAUGACCCAGGCCAGAAGCACUCCUCACCCCCUAAGUGACUCACCCCUUAGGGCUUCUGGGCCAAAUCUGGCAGCACCUGCUUGGAAUGAGAUUCAGGAGCACAAUGGCCAGGGUUAGAAAUGGUAGAGGAAGAAGGGGAUACCUUCUCAAACUGAUAGACCUCCUGACUUCUUUCAGUAGGUGUUGUUUAAAUCAGCUUUGCAGAUAAAAAUUAGUUCCAUCUUUUUUCAAAGUAGAACAGUGUAGUUCUUUGGCAGAUCCAAAAAGAUUAUGUUCCCCCUACUUCUUACCCUUGCCACAAGUAAAUAAUACCUAAUGAAAUCAGUUUUUAUGCUUCUACAAAAAUUAAUUUACAUUCCUUGUUUAAAAAAUAACAUUUGAUUAAUGCUAUAUAGUUGACAGACCACGUUCAUAGUCAUUGUUUAAUUUGGUCUUUUCAGGAGACCUAACAUGUAAAUGGUAUUAGCCCCAUUUUUAGAUGAUGAAACUGCAGUGCAGAUGUUCAGGUUCUCUCAACUACUAAGGGCAUAGCCCAGACUGACCGCUGGGUCUCCCAACAACAAAUCCCAUGGAUUUUCCACACUUAAGAGGUUGCCAUAAUGGACAGCAAUCCAAGGACAUACCAGGGGAGCCUAGAGAAAGCUAGCUGGGCUUUGAAUAUUGAUUGUGCAAAAUCCACAUGCAGAUAAUUGAAAUUGACUGGAAGUGUAAACAUAUACUGUGCAGUUAUCCCCAUCCCUACAGUUUAUAGUCUUCUGUUUUCCUGGGGUUCCACUCUGUUAGAUAAACUUCGAUUGGACUUCAUUAUUACUUUCCAGUAUGGCCAAGAGUUAUCUGCAGUGUUGAUCUAAAAUCCAAAAAAUUUGCCCAGAAGUCAGGCAAGAACAAUACUGAAACUCCCUACUGUGUAAACAAGGUAUCUAGCUGGAUGCAGCUGGUAAAUUCAGUCCCAUGGACCUUUGGGGUUUAUUUUCCUUAGCAGCUGACACCAUGUGUCUUUUGCAUCUCUGGUGGUGCUUGGUGCUUCUGCCCAUCUGGGCUCAUUGAGAGUAGGGAUUAAGAUGAUUUUAGGGAAUUUCAGGUGGGCUGGCAUUCCCUGUGCAUGUAUGAGCUGUUACUAUAAAGUCAUGUGACUGGCAUUUUAACAAACCUUUCAGAUCUUAUAAUAUCCCAAUGUAUGUUGUCCUCCUCAGGUGACCUCAGCAGGAUGCUGCAUAGUUUUUCCAAUGAUGUUGCCAUUGGUGAAAACAUUUCUGGAACUGUCCUCAAAGUCUAGAGACACCUAGACAUCUAAUGUUUGAACUGGAAAGGACGUUAAUGGUCAUCUAUUCCAACUUCCUCCUCUUACUAAGGCAGAAGCUAAGAUCCAGAACAAUGACGCACUUAUCAAGUUCACAAAGGAUUUACUAUAUCACCUACUUUUGAUUCUUCUCAGGAGAUUGCCUCCCUUCUCAGCAAAUCUUUAAUCUUUGGGGUUUAUAGGAAAGAGAUUUUAGUUUGAAACUAGUCAGAAGCUAUUUGAAGCUUUUGGAAGAGAAGGUAGGUUAUCUACAAGGUUUGGAGUCAGAAAUGAGAUGCAGUAAAGCAGUCAGAGCCAUUUUCUUGGGCAGCUCAUAAACAGUUCCCAAAGAGGAGUUCCAGAGAUAUUUUAAGCAUUUUGUUAAUCAUCGAGAUAUGCGGAACCUCCUCAGUGACUACUUUGGUGGGGAAUGUCACUCACCUGAAUGUAUGUGUUCUGUGUUCUGUGUGUCUGUGUGCACACGUGCAGAUGUGUGUUUAGAAAAUAUACAUCAAUCUCAUUACUUUAUAUUCAUACCACUUCAGUUUUAGGUCCUACCAGCAACAUAUGCCCUCCAAAGGCUGCUGGAGGGCAUAUUGGUGCCCAAGAUAGGAGAGCUGGCUCUGGUUUAUAGAGGACAGGGAGGGUGACUUACUAGAUGCCCUCAGAGAAGACAUCAGUUACUGCCAUUUCAUGGAGUUCCUUUUCAAUCUUAGUAAAUGUUCCUGGAAGGCUAGUCUCAUUGGUAGUAGCAAAGACACUUAUUUUUCCACAUGUCACCUUUUUCUAUAUCUCCAAUAAUUUGAAAAACACUUUUCAGUUGGAACUGAUUUUUGUUUUUGGAAAAAAGAUAAAUAUUUUUAAUAGAAAAGAUAUAUAUUUUAAAUAUUUCCCCAAAGUGAUACUUUCACUUUAAGAAAUUGCUUAGCAGUAGCAACAAGUUUUAGUGUCAGGUGCAGAGUGAAAAUGUCUUGUUAGGCAAAUGAAAAGCGGGAUCCAGCUUACUGACCACCUACUGUGGAGCCUCAAAUGAUAUUGACAGUUGUUUCCAAACUUCCAGUUGAGCAGCAGUCCUUGAAAUAUAGGCAAAGCAGUUUAGGUUAAAGAGGGAGGAGGCUUAAUCUUCAAUCUGCUUGGCUUUGGAGGAGGGUAAAACCACUAAGGUAUUAUCUGUAUUUUAAGAUGCUUCCCAUACUUAACUGAAACCUGAACGCUUCUUUCUGAAAAAUUUCCCUCCCCUGUUGCUUGAUUGUGAAGUUGGUCACAAAUGGAUUUGUUGACAUGAAUUCUUUGGAGAAAAAGACAAGGAAGGAAAACAGAAUGAUGGGGAGGGUUUGUGAGCUAGAAUGAAAGAUACAUUAUCUCACAAAGCAAACAUUUCUCACGAAUCAUUGGAAUCUGAUUCACGAUAGAAAUUUCCCAUGUUCUACUAACUCUAUUCCUUGUGUAUAUGCAUUCUGUGUUUUUUCUUAUUAAAGGGGAACUUAUGAGAGGUUGGAGGAUGGAGGUCAUUCUGAUGGGAAAUCCAAGAAACAUGAUGCCCUGAGAAGGGGGCUCUUAGCCCUUUUUUUAUUAAGUGGGAAAGAUACUUGGGAAUGUGUUCAUGAUCUGUUGAUUGUAUUGCUGGAAGAAGUCAUCUGUGUGUGUUGGGUUGAUGUCAGAUCUGGGGAUUAUGUAUCUAGCCCCUGGCCCCUUUCAUAUAAUUGCCUCUUUUUGGAAGGUUGAUUCUUCUUGGCUGAAGUUUCCCAGGAAAACCUUUUGUAAGUGGCUUCAUUUAUUUUUUUAAAUUUAAUCUUUAAAAUUUUGCCUGGAGGAAGCACUGGUGAUGAAUGCCUUCUGUGUUUUUUGUUCAUUUUCUCUUAAAGAAAAUGCCCUUAAGAGAUUAAAGCUGCUUAAUUAAUUGCUAUGUGAUUGCAAACUGACAAACUAAGAUGGAAAGCUGCCACUGUGCUUGAUUGGUGAGGCUGAUGACCGAAGGCUGUGCUGUUCGUCCUUUUCGUUCCAUUUGACAGAUAUUUCCUGAGCUUUGAACUUGUGCCAGCCCUGUGCUGGGUCAUGGAUAUAAAGAUGGAAAGGACAAUCCCUGCUCUUGAUGAUCUCAGUGUCUACUGGAAUGUAUUUGAAUUUAUGUGUGGCUGGAGAGUUCGUUAAUUGUUUCAUGAAAGGCCAUGGUGAUUAUCUUGGAUGGCCCAUUCAAGGUACUGUCAAGCACCCUUGAAUGUUUUAGAUACUCCCAUCAGUAUUUGUGAAUUCGAUUGCAAUACUGUUUUCCAUUUCUUAUAUAAUUUUACCAGAGGAGAAUGAUUUUUCUCCUCCAGCGAUUAUAGGACAAUAGCAUCUCCUUAGGAGCUGCAUUUAGCAUAAAGCCCCAAGAAAUGAGGAAGGUUGUGGGUCAUUGACAUGGUCAGAGGAGGCUCACAUUUCAGCUUAGUAACCUACUAACCUUUCCCCCAAACAGAUCUCUCACCUGAGCUGGCAGAAACUUGGGAUUCCUUUCCUUUUUUCCUGAGUGGCUUUCCAUUGAGGUGGAAGGUCAGCAGGAGAGGAAGGGAAAGAAAAUGAAGGCUGGAUCAUAAUCAUAAAAUCUUAGCUGGAAUGGGCAUGGAAAUUAUCCAAGUCAUACUGUCCCUCCUGAUGCCCUUCUUCUUUUAAGAAAUGAGGAACUUGAGGUUCAGUGCCCUGUGUCAUAUUUUGUACUGUAGUUGUCUAGGGUCUGAAUGAAUAGUCCUCUAAGUUACACACACACACACUCUCUCUCUCCCCCUCCUCCCUCUGCUAAUGUGGGGGACACCCAAAUGAUUAACAGCUUUUUCUUCCUGCUUUUUUCAGUUAGAAUUAAAAUGUACCCAGAUCUCCUGAAUACACACCCAGGUAGGGAAGACCCCCAUAGUGAGAGUAAUGUGAAUGUGAAAUCUUGGGAAGUGAAUAUUUUGAUUGGAAUAGCGUCAUUUUAACUACCAAGGAUUAGAACCCAGCCAACCCUUCACUUUUCUUUGAAAAUCAAGAACUCCUUGGGGACUUAACUUUUCUCAGCCAGCCUUUUCCUCAUUAACCCACAGAUUGGUCUUUUGGCGUGGCUUUUAGAAGUGAGUGUAGCUGCUUAUAAAUUCUUGUGACUCGGUGAGAAAGCAGGUCUGCUUUUUUUUUUUUUUUUUUGAGGGGUGGGGGUGGGAGUCUAGGAAAAGAGGCUGCUGAAUAGACUACAAGGGUGAUCCAGAUAUGCAUCUUUACACAUUACCCACAGUAAGAUAUAUACAGAAGUCACCAGUUUAGAAAUUGGUUACAUUGGAUGAAGACGUGCCAAGACUGAAUCUGCACAUUGUUCUUUGUAUUAUCAGUAUUUUUUUUCCUAAGAAAAAUAUUUAAACACUUUGCUUUGUGAGUAAAUGCUUCCUUAAUGCCUUGUCUCAGUAAUUAUGGGAGGCAACCUCAAACUCGGGGCAGUCUCCCUUUCUACCUUUUCUGGUGUCUUACGAACUAGUUGAACAAAGCCAAGGUAAGGCCAGGCUUGUUCUUCUUCCUUUCCUCUCAUUUAAUAAGGGGUAAAGACAGGGAAUGUACUCCUCAAAGAUCAAGCCCUGAGAACUCAAGAGCAGCUUUGGGCCCUCCAGAUGGCAGCAGAUUCUCCCUUGUAGGCCCUGCCCUUUCUCCAAGCUGUGCCACCAGUGGGAGCAGGGGCUUUCCCUCAGUGGGUUCAACCUGUAACCUCCAGCCGAACCUUAAAGUUCUAAUGAGAAUGGAUAACUAUGUAAGGGAAAAAUGAUCCUCUUAAAUGCCAACUAAUGGAUCUUUUUGUCUGUGUGACUGAUGUGCUAUUUACUCUUAAUCUUCAUAUAAACAGUUGUUCUUAGGGCCUUAUCCCCUCCCACCCAGAAAUAGAAAAUGGUUUGGGUUUUGGUUUUAGUCAACCUGCUGUCUGCAUUAGAGUGGAGACAGGGGCCUAGCUCCUUGGCACUGCCACUGCUGCCUGCCUCCUCUCCAACUCCUCAUAAAGAGCACUUUGACAAAGACAGAGGACUAAGAACAGGGCACGCCCUGUCAGAGAUGCUUCUGCCAACAAGGGAUCAAGUGGGAUGAUGUGUUAUUUAAACAAUACCAAAGUGCAUUUUUCAGUGUAGGUUUGCCAGGUUGAGGAGAGGCCAAAGUUGAGAAUACAGUAAAGCAAACUCACGAAUGUUCUGUUUCUAGUCAAAGUCUUAUCUCUGGAGAGCAAUCUCAGGCAAAUCUGAGCUGAGUUUAGACUAUGUGUGUUUGAGUUUUGGUGCUAUCUUUGCUCUGGGAGGUGCCCUGUACUGGAAUGUCUUGCUUCAGCAUUCAGAAUGAUGGGAGAACCAGUUUAUUCAGAUGGUAUCCCAUGUGGCAUAACUGAGAAAGUUAAGAGUGGCCUAGAUGGGUAUAGCCUCUUCAGGAUAGUCUCGUAUCAGUAAAGACUGGCCUGGCAGGGCAGAGAGAGGAGAUAUACUCUGGGCCCAAAAGCAGAGUUAGGACUCCUGAAGGACUUAGGCAGAUGUUAGUCCAAUGGCUAGAGCCAUCCAGUAGUUUUCCCAACAAAGAAAAACUCCCAGCCUUUGGAGGGAAUGAGCUCCCUGUCACUAGAUGUGCAAGCAGGAGCUGAAUGAUCUGUUGGGGAGAUUACAAGAGGCUUCCUGCCUUGAGGCUAGUAUAGGAUGUUCCCAGGAGGCUUUCAGGCCUGAGAGCUUAUGGUUUGAUAGUGUUUCUGGCUGAAGGGAGCAUUCCAGAUCUCCCGAACUUGAACCUAGCAAGGUUUACAGUGUGAACGAUGGGGUGGAUUCUCCUUCCUGACGUUAGCAGAAGGGUGGUUUUGGGCCGAGGAGAGCCACCAUGGUAAGUCAGCAACGUGCCCUGGCACACGCGUGCUGCUGAGGGUAGCACUGUAUUACCUGAAUCUGUCCGGGUGCCUGUGUGAAUGAGUGAGAUGUAACUGACUUUGUAACUUGAUAUGUGUAUGGGACUGUUUGUGACGGUCUGAACUUGAAUGUGUGUGUCUGGUAUGACCACAGCUUGGUGUAAAUAUGUAAAUGGCCACACAUAAGUGUCUGUGGUUAAGUAUGAUAAUAUGCGAACACUUGUGUCCUAAUAAUCUCACACUUGAAAUACAGCAGAUACUGCACCACAGAUCUGUGGCUAUAAGACUAUAUUUCUAUAAUCGCCUUAAUUGCACUUUAGGUUGCAAGAGUUUGUGCCUUGCUGUGGAUCCUUAAUCCUUAAGCCACUGCUUCCUGGACCCUGGGAACUGCAGGCCUGCUC